AUGCCCAGACGUUCAUACAACACAUCAAAUUCCAACGACAUAUCGUCGCUUACCGAGGAAGAAAUUGAAGAGAUCCAUGAAGCAUUCAAUUUAUUCGAUACUGAAAACUCUGGUACUGUGGACCCUAAGGAGAUAAAAUGUGCGAUGCAGAGUCUCGGAUUGGACACAAAAAACCCUUUGGUAUUUCAAAUAAUAUCUGAUAUUGAAAAAUCUGGAUCUUCUAGCAUCAAUUUUAACGAUUUUCUUCAAUUUAUCACUUCCAGACUGGGAAAUCGUAACUCUAAGGAAGGGAUUCAAAAGAUAUUUAAUCUAUUCGAUGACGAUAAAACUGGAUCUAUUUCCUUUAAAAAUAUUAAGAGGGUAGCCAAAGAAUUAGGUGAAAACAUCUCGGAUCAAGAACUGAGGGAUAUGAUCAACAAAGCAGAUUCUAACGGAGAUGGUGAACUUUCGUUCGACGAUUUUUAUAACAUCAUGACUAGGAAAGUGUUUUCGUGA